AUGCCCAAGGGCCUGCAGGACGCCGGGCGCCGCCCGGGGGCGGAGGAGCCGAGCCUGGCCCGGGCGCUGGUCCGCAGCCUGGGGGCCUUCGGCCUGGGCUUGUCCCUGGCCUCAGCCUACGGCCUCCUGGAGCUGCUGGUGGAGGGGCAGAGCCCUUGGGGCUGCCUGGUGGGCACGCUGACGCUGGCCGGCUUCCUCGGCCUAGGCAUGGCGUUCUCCCGCCAGGUCCGGGUCACCGUCCUCCUGGUGCUGCCCCAGGCCUUCUCCAAGCAGAGCCAGGCGCUGAUGCUCUUGGCGAUCUUCGGGUUGGUGCUGCAGGGGCCCUGUGCCAACACCCUGCGCAACUUCACCCAGGCCAGCGAGGCCGUGGCCUGCGGGGCGGAGCUGGCCCUGAACCAGUCAGCGGUGUUGCUGCAGCGAGCAAAGCAGCCCCUUGUCAGUGCCCUGAACAAGAUCAAAGCCAUUGCCCAGAAGGCCAAGGAGGUGGCUGACCGGGUCCGCAAGUUCUUUCGGUCCGUCAUGGACGGCGUGAAGCACGUAGCCAGGGCCCUGCGCAACGUGUGGUACUGGCUCCUGCACAUCGGAGACGUGUGCAACGCGGAGCUGGGCAACCCGUACCUGAAGUGUGCGCGCGUCUUCGACCAGGCCAAGGACAGCUGCAUGCAGGUCAUCCCGCUGGCCUACCAUCUGUGCCACGUGCUCAUGCCCUUCAAGCUGGUGCUCUGCGGGCUCGCCAGCGUGGUCCAGGUGUUCUGCAUCAUCCCCAAGUACAUCCAGCCCUUCCUGCGCACGACCAUCAGCAUCCCCGUGCAGAAGCUGAUCAACCGGGUGCGCCAGGAGUUUGAGUUCAACGUGACGGCCACCCACUACUUCUCCGUGGACCUGGACGCCUCCCGGAGCCUGUCCCAGGUCGCCCUGGACCUCUACGAGGCCGUCAGCAUGAAGCUGUACAGCGCCCGCGAGGCCCUGGCGCUCAUGGGCUACGCCACCCCGCUGCUGCUCAUGCUGCUCUACCUCCAGGCGCUGCUGUACCGGUUCUGCUACCUGCACGUGGACAGCCAUGACAACCUGUACAUCACCGGCCGCUUCCUGCGCAUGGAGGCCGUGCGCGCCGAGGCGGGGCUGCCCACCGUGCUGCCCCUCACCGCCCACGAGGCCAGGCACUACAUCCGGCCAGGCUCCUGCUACCUGUCCCGGUGGGAACAGCUGUUCCUCCUCCUGGCCAUCUCCCACCUCCUCCGGCACCUGCUCAUCACGCUGCUGCUCAUCUUCCUGGACUACGCCGUCUUCUGGGUGCUGGACCUGGCCCGGCACCACCUGCAGGGGGAGAUGGUGGCCCGCAGCCCCGUGCUGGUGUCCAUCACCGUGGAAGGCAGCGGCUACACCGGGACCAUCUACCGGGACCUGGUGUCGGCGUUUGACGUCCUGCAGCAGGGCAACAUCACGGUCCUGUCCCGGCGCUGCGCGCUGCGGCCCUCCGAGCCCAGCACCGCCGGCUACAUCGUCAUCGGCGUCAUGUUCGGCCUGUGCUUCUUCGUCACCCUGUGCGGCAGCUACGUCAGCCGGCUGCGGCGGGUCAUCUGUGCGUCCUACUACCCAGCCCGGGAGCAGGCGAGGAUCUCCUACCUCUACAACCAGCUCCUGAGCCGCCGGACCUCCCUGCUGGCCGCCCUGCAGCGGUCUGUGAGGCGGCGGGCGGCGGACCAGGGCCACCUGAGCCUCCUCCAGGUGCUGGCCAGGCGGUGCGUCUGUGUGGCUCCGUUCAGGAAGUACCUUUGGCACUACCAGGCCUACUGCCUGGGCUGCGGGCAGCCCCGGGGCGAGGGGGACUCAGAGAACUUUGUGCCCUGCAGCACCCCCGCCUGCCCAGGCCUUUUCUGCCCCACCUGCUUCCGCCUCCUGGGCAACACCUGCUCCGUGUGCGCGUCCCCCCUCUCCUACCAGGGGGAGCUGGACCUGGAGCUGGACUCCAGCGACGAGGAAGGCCCCCGGCUGUGGCUGGCCGCGGCUCAGAGGAAGAACCCUGCGCAGGAGGGGCUGCUGCGGCAGCGGCUCCAGGAGGCGCUGGGCAGGCCCCUCUCGGCAGGGUCCAGCCCCGAGUCCAGGUGA